GCUAAAAGAAGUGAAUUGGCAAUUUAUUAUGAGAAAUAGCAAGUAUCGAAGUGGUAUGUGUAUGAGGACCCGACUUCUAAGUGUUCCUUGGAAAUUUACGGCUUCAAAGACGGACGAUGAAAGAGAGUGGGAUUCGAACUUGGAACGCAUAAGAGGAUCACGUAGCGCCGACGUACGGACUGAGUUGUACCGUGGUGCUGAUGAAGAUGGUGUUCCUUUUGUGUCCGAGACCCCCAAAGCAACGGCACUAAAAAGCGUCAGUUUGGAUUCUAGUUCCUUUCUGGGAGUGCCUUCUACAGAACAUGACAUGAAGUUACGCAGUCAAAGCGAUGGUGACGUCAUAGACGGUGGGUCGCAGACGUCAAGUGGCCGCAACAAAAGGAGAAAAAUUGCCACACUUAUUAAUCGAGUAAGACAUACUGGUCGACGUUCAACAGUCUCCUGCAUGAACAGUCAAUCUAUGAAAUGUGAGGAUUUCAAAAUCCACGUACCGACAACCGGCAGACAACACUCAGAGGACGUCUUCUAUCCCCAAAAUCCAGUGAAUGAAAAUGUUUACUGUGGAAUACUCCGUUGCCUGCUGCAUCCACUGGGCAAUCCAGAUGUCACAACUGGACUCAGGCCAGGUGACCUAAUACACAGAUUAAAAGAGGUGUUUGAGGUGAAUCAAGAAGAACAGGAAUUCUACAUUCGACAAGAAAUGUUCCACCGACCUCACUCAAUCCAGGCCAAUAUCUGCAUCAUAGAAGCCAAAGGGCUUCAUACAGACACUCUAGAAAACUGCAAUCCUUACUGUCUCGUCAACAUCUAUCAUCCGCUACACAGAAAUUCUUCAUUUUCACCAAAAACAUCACCUAAACCAUCACCCAAAUCAUCGCCCCAGCUUAAGAAGCACUCCACCACACUCCCUACUGAAGUGGAGGAGAUGCUGAAGACAAACACUGCCAAACACACUGUGGACCCUCAGUGGAACGAGGAAUUCCAACUACCAAUGGAAGAUUUGCUAACAGACGAAAUUCAUUUAUUUAUUUGUAACCAAGAUCAAGAAAGUGGAGCAGAAAAACCCCACCAUGACAAACUUCAUCUUUUGUCGAGCUUGUUGAAGAAUGUCCUUCAUGUCAGUGACCAUGACAGACUGGACCAGCAUUUGUUUGGCAAGGUCAUCAUUCCAGUCCGGGAGAUUCCUGCUCAGGGUUGUGAUUGGUGGUGGGAUAUUACAAGCCCUAGCUCUAAGGGGAGCAAACUCUCUUGGGGAAAAUGCCACAUCAAAGUGCAUCUAUCUCAUCAGCAGAGUUCUGUGACCGGCAGUCAGCCAUUCUCAGUAGAAGAUUACUACCAGGCAGCAGAACAGUUCUACAAACACGCCAUUAAAGGCCUAGAGGUGAAUGCUCCUCUGGAUCCAUACCUCAACAAACAGGACAGUAGGAUCCUAGAUUUGUUUGCUCAGUCAUAUGGAAUCUCAAAGUUAUCUCAAAUUUUGAUACACAUUGUUGUACUACUGGAGUGGUCCUCUAGUCAUGAUGACAUCACCACAGUGGACCAAGCACUCCAGGUGACCUUACAGGAACUCCAGAUGAUCUGGGCCUCCAAACAGUUUGACAUAUCUGCUUGUUCCCAAAAAAUGCCCAUUACAGAUGCAGAGAUAAUGAUGUAUAGACGAGCUGCAAAAAACUAUAUCUCCACACUAUCUGACCAACUGGACAACAACAUAGAGUUAUUCCCCCCUUACCUGGACAACAUCAACACUCUCAGACAAAAGUUUGGUGUCUGUAUUCUGCUGUUGGAGCUGGACCUCUGGGAUUCCAAAUCAUCUCCUCACAGCCCACUUACCCAGAAAAUCCUCAGAAAGCUACAGGAUGACACCGAUCAUUGGACCAGUGAGAAGGUGGAACAGAUCUACAGUCAUGACACAGUUCAGGAUCCGGUCAUUCCCCGGAUGAAUGCUUUGGUGGAACUGACCAAUCUUCUAUCCUCCCACUGCCUUCCUAUGGGUGUGGUCAAUAACUUGUACAACACACUGGGGAUUGGCUACUUCCGGAUUGUCUCCUUCUGUGUAGAAAGAAAGAUCAGUUUACUGAUUAAAGAACUGUGUCAUGAGUUGGAUGUUUACCAGCGUAAAUACCACCAGUUCAGUGUUAACAUCACCUACAGUAGUCGACUAGCCCUGAGAAUGUUCUUUGCAGCUAAAAAGUUCUACAGUGUUGUUAGGGAUAAUGUCAGUAGAAGGGAUGUGUUCAGACUGACCAUUCAUCAGUACCAGGACUGGUUUCUGGAUGCUCUGGUGUUCUGGUUACAGACAUUUAGAACUGAAUGCUUGAACCGUAUAGAAAGAGCUCUUGAGAUUGACAAGGAUGUGGUAGUCACCCACAGCUUGGUCAAAUUCUCCAACUCCUCAGUGGAUGUUAAGGCUUGUUUUGCACAGAUAACAGAAGAAUGGAGACAGAUUGACUACCACGACCCUGAUGCCAGUGUAAUGGGAAUCAUCAAGAUUACUGAUCUUAUUUGUGAUGGAGCCAGGAUAUACACAGACAAGAUUCAUGUAAUGAUGGAAAAGAGUAACUUUUAUGAUGAUGGAGAUGAACAAUUUGACAUUACAGAAAGGCUUUGCAUUACUUUGAACAACAUUGAGCAUGUGCGACAGUACCUUAAGGAACUUCCUGUUCUACUGGACUGGGAAUCUGUUUGUAUGCUUCUGUCCACAAAGCAUGAGAACGAUGACAUUGGUAACAAAUCCAGCUCCACACUCUCUCGUCUCAUCACGUCUGCUGGACAGGAAAUACUGCUCAAAUGUUCUCUCCUCAUAGCACAGAUCGUGGAGAAAAUGAAAGUAGACAUGGCCAGAUUUAUGGGGAUAUUUACUCAGAAGACUCCUGAAAAAGCUUCAUCCAUUGAUCAGCUGUUCCAAUACUUGUCCACAAACUUGCGUACCCUGAAGGAGAGACUGUUUGACAGCAUGUACCCCCACAUUACAGAAGAACUCUGGAAGACCAUAACGGAACUCAUGGAAGAACAAGUGUUCAUAGGGGAGAGACCGGAAUAUUACUCUCAAAUGAAGCAGUUUUUGCGAGCCUUGACAUCUUACUUUGCCAAAGAUGGCCUGGAAGAGAGCAAAAUUCAGACAGAGCAGUAUAAUUCAUUAAAAGCCCGAUUGGAAUUGAGUUCUCUUAGUACAGAAGAACUUAUGCUAGAGUAUUUCAACAAUCUUGCUGAUGACAUUGUAAAUCAGGAGGCAACAUCUGAUUUUCUGGGGAAUCUUGCUGUGAAGGUGUCAUAUAUAGAGGAAACAAGAGGAAAUGUUACCAUUUUUAUUAAAGUGAUUCGAGCUUCUGACCUUCCUGGAUUGGACCACUCUGGUCUAAGUGACCCAUAUGUUGUUGUCUCCCUUUAUCCAAAAACAAUGUUUGGCCACAACAAACCUCAAAAGACCAAAGUUGUAGAGCAGACCCUGAAUCCUGUGUUCAACACAACUUUUCAGUUCCCUAAUGUUCCCCGUGAAUAUAUGUCUGUGAGGGGAGCAGUCCUCUUGCUGAGUAUUUUGGAUCAUGAUAAAAUAGGGUCUGAUGAUUUUGCUGGAGAAGUGGCCAUUCACCUCUCCUCCAUUUCACCAAUGGAGAUGUCAACUACGGUGGAUUCUAAACAUGCCAUCAUGCUGCCCAUCAAACGACCAACACGACAAACACAGGGACCUUACAAGGUGCUUGUGGAAAGAAGUAACUGGGAUAAAACAGCCAAAUUAUUCAUUACUGACCGGCGACGCUUCAUUGAAAAACAGCGACAACGCACAGAUCUCAAUUCUAGAAUGUCUGGCUUCCUCUCAUUUUUCAGAGGAAAGAAAUCCUAAAUUUCUGAGGAAUUUUGACUGUUAAUGGUUUGAUACGCCAUGUCAAUGUGCCAAAACAUUGCUUUUUGAUGUUAUUUGUUGUUUUCAGACAAUUGAAUAUUUAUUCAUGAUAAUAAUCCUGUUAUGUUUUAAAUAAAUUAUGAAAUUUUA